ACCUUGAGGUUUGUGCUGCAAAGGGCACCUCCUGCUCCCCCCCCCUCCCCCCUACUUGAAGGCUGUUUACGAAGCUCCUUUGAGAAAAACAAGGGCUGGGGUUCGACGAAGGCGAGCAGUGUGUCUAAAGAACACUGGACACAGGCUCUUCGUCCAUUCUAACAUUCUGUAUGUUUUAUUUUAGUUGAGACAAAAGGUACAUUCGCGUUUCCAUCACCACGUUGUCGGUUAAUUCAGCUCUGCAAAAUGUUUAAAUCCUUGCACGUUGUUUUGCUGAGCUUGGCGUUUGUGCAGAGCAGCGCAUCAGAUGGAAAUCUAAAAGGCUGCAUGAGAUCUAAUGGUGUGGAGUACAGAGGGCAACAAGAGAGCUCCUCUUCUGGUCUGGCCUGUCUAAACUGGACCAACACCAGCAGAGACUAUGAUGUUGAAAGUCAUCCUGAUUCACAGACAGGUGUUGGUGAUCACAAUUUCUGCAGAAACCCAGACUCCUCUGAGAAGCCUUGGUGCUACAUUGCAGGGCCAGAUGGGACAGUCCAGAGACAAUUUUGUACAAUUGUCACAUGCAAAGAACAAGCCGAAUCCUCCAGCACACCAGGAACCAUCCCCUCCACAGAGAGCGUUCAGAUGGCCAAGUCAGGAGCUUCUCAGGGAGAAGUUGCUGCUCUGCAGCCAGUAAUAGGAGUCAGCCAGCGAGUGCACACAGGGCCCAAACAGAAGAAAGACCUUGGCAUGCUUGGCUACGUCCUCGGCAUCCUCAUGAUGGUGAUUAUAAUCAUCCUUGGAGUCGGCAUCACAUCAGGCUACUUCUAUAAGAAGGCUCAGGACUUAAAGAAGAAGCAUGAGCAGCGAGUGUAUGAGCGCGAGAUGCAGAGGAUCACCCUGCCCCUAUCAGCUUUCUCCAACCCAACCUGUGAGCUGGUAGAUGAGAACACCAUCGUAAUCACAGUGGAGCACGAGCGCGCCCCUGUCCAGGACGGCGUGGAGGGUGAGGACCCACUCAUGGGCCAGCAGGCCGGCACCCCUGGAGCAUGAAUAGGCACAUGGUCGUCAAACUGGACUUUGUGGACCAAAACACACAUCUCCCUGUGUCUUUUCUGGUCUCCUGGCUAACCACCGUUUUAAAAGGAGUUAGGGGAGCAGUGUUCAUUCCAAAGACUUGAACUGAAUGCUGUUAUUUGUGUUCCCACUUGUUUGGUUUGUAUACAUCUGAGGCACAAAAAGAUAAGCUGACAGAAAAUGGAUACAGUCCUAACAAUGAGAAAACUAAGGUGCAUCUCUUGUUAAUAUUUGAUAGCCAAGAAAAUGGUCAUGGGCUGUUUCCUUAAAUAACAGUAUCUAGUCAAAUGGACAUUGACUAGUUAGUGACAAAAUCAUUUUCUUUAUUAAGAGGUUGUGUUUGUAAUAGGAGAAUAACCUUUGUAAGUUUCCAUAUGGAGAAGGCGCUCUCUACAGGAGAUGUGGUUACAUGAUUAUUCGUGUCUUAUUUUCUUUUGUGCUGACCCGGGAGAAGCAAACAUCAUUCACGACUGCUUUGUCUUGGAGAGACAGUGGUGACAGAUGUGUGUCCCAGUAGUCCUCCUCUGAGACAGGAUGGAGGCACAUGAGGUAAAAUGGGCCUACUUAAAGACAAGGGAAGGCCUUCACCUCAGAAAUUGCCUUAGUACGAUACUAAUGAAUGUAUUUUUACAAAUUUUAUUUUCACUUUGCACUCAGCUGGGGGGCCGAUGUGGUCACAAAGCCUGGUCACCCGCAGACAUGAAAUAGGAUUAGCCCUUUUCUUCCACAGGUUAAGGAGUAACAGGAAAUAUACAGUGCUCUCAUGACACAUGAGAGACAGUAGUUGGUCCUUGUGACAAAAUAGCACUGCCCCAACACAGUCCAGACUGGACCAGAAAAAGAAAAGGCCUGAAGUGUGCCUUUGCAGAGCAGGACAGCAUGUGUUGAAGUGCCGAAGAAGCCUAGAUUAGAUUCAGACAUUUGAGUUAUGCACUUAAUGCUUCUGGAUAGGGGGAAGGAAUGGAGUAGAACAGAAACAGUCCAAAGUUUGUUCAUUAAGAAAAACAUCAAUGCAUGUACAUGGUCAUUUGCUGUAUCUUUGUAUUCAGAGGCAAUUUUUGCAUCUGCAAAAGUAGAACUGCAAACUAAAAAGGACAUUUAGAAAACAUCUGCCUGAAAAUCACUGUACACUGAUUUUAUUUUGUUACAUCAUUUACUGUUAAUUCUCAGUGUAUUGCCAGUGAUUACUGCUGGGUCCACAUCACUGACAAUCUUUGGUUACUGCUGCUCCAUCAUCUGACAUGACUGUGUUGUGUAUAAUAAUUUUUUUUCUCAUUAUAAGCAAUAUGUUCAAACUACUGUUGUUCAGCAUUUAUAGUUGAUACGUGAAUUUGUAUGAAUGCAGGUUUCUGCCCUCGCAACUGAAAUAAAGCGCAUACACAGGGA